AUUCGUACUAAAUUUGUCUUUCGGGAAAUUUUCUCAAACUAAGUUUUAAAAGAUUUUACAUACGAAAGGCCUUUCCUAAUACGAUGUUGGAUCGUAGAAAGCUGGUAGUGGGCCCUUCAGAAGCUGAAGAAAUUUAAGAUAAUGAUUGGAUCUGUCGCAACAAGAAAAAAGAACUCACCAAAAUUUCAUGCCUACUAUGAAGAUCUAUGUGAACUGCAUAAUGUUAUGCCACUACGAAUGAUCACAUCACAAAAGCAAAAAGAUAUUCUUGAUAUAUGUGCUGAUAGAAUAAAAUAUGACGAGUUGUUUCCAAUUACAAAAGCUUUAGCUUGUGACCGUUCAUUGUGUUUCAUCGCAAUCAGGAGCAGAUGUCAAGUAAAAUAUGUUCACCAUAAUUUUUAUGGAAAAAGAAGAAGUAAUGUCAGACACAGGCCUCUGAUCCACACUGAUUUUGGUAUGAAUGUUGUCAUCAACGCACUCAAGAAAUGCCUAAUGCGGACUACAGUGCUAACGCAUUUGAUCUUGGAAGGACUCUACUUCACAAAAAAUAAUCUAUCUUUAUUGUGCACAGGACUCUCAAACUGCUCAUCCAUCCAGAACAUUUCAUUUCAUCAGAGUAUUAUUGGCGAUGAUGGUUGUCAGUUGAUUUGUGAUGCUGUUAAAAAAUUAAGAAAUGUUCAUUCUUUGAAUAUUUCUGCGUGUGAUAUUGGUCAGAGUGGAGGUUACUGUAUUUCUCAGUUACUAAAGUAUCAACAACUGGAGAGAUAUUCAGAAACAUGGAAAGAUGCUCUACGAUACCGUAUUGUUGAUGUUGACAGAAUGCCUGGAAUCAGACGUGUCAGUAUCAACAAUAACCCACAUUUGGGUGAUGCAGGACUUAUGUAUUUAGUAGAGUGCCUUAAAGAUGAUCUCUGGCUCAAAGCCAUAGAUCUGCAAAACUGUGGAAUAACGAAUCAAGGUGCCCAGGAAAUUCUUAAGUUGCUGAAAGUUAAUACUAUUUUGACUGUUGUUGACAUAAGAAAAAAUCAUGAUGUGAAUGGUGAUUUGCUAAAUGCUAUAAAAAAACAGUUGGCUGAAAACAGUUCAAGAAAUGUAGAAGAUACACAGGAGUAUAAAUGGAUGACUUUAGAUGCAAGCUUAGAGGAACAGUCUCAUUCUGCAGCUUCUAAAACACAUCCUUACUUCAUGUACUCAAAUCAGGAAAGAAGUUUACACCAAAAAGGAGUAGCAAAUGGUCAAGCUGCAGGUGCAGGAUCCACAUCUUUCUGGGCACAGGAAAGCUGUGGAUCAUCUUGCUUACCGCACCAGUUGAAUGUAGAACUGAAGCAACAUAUGUACUGUGAGACAAAAAUUCAGGAACUAACAGAAGAGCUUAAUAAGAUGCACUUGGAAAUAAAAAAAGUUAGAGGAAAGAGACAGAUAUAAAAAGGAACUGCAGGAAAUGAAAGCUGACUAUAACAACCAUAUUCUACUGAAUGUUGACACUGUUCAUGCUAUUAAUGAAGCUUUUGACAAGCUCACAACUUAUUUGAAACGUGGGAGAAAUGGAGAGAGUGAAAACACGUGAAUAAAAUCAGGAGGGGAAUACAGAAAAACAUUAGUGUGGAAAAUGUUAAGAAGAUAAUAAAGAAGAGGUGUGAAAAAUGAUUUACUUAUGUAUAAAAGUACUAAAUACUAAUUGGUAAGAGAAGAGGAAAAGAACAGAACACUAAUUGUGGAAAUUUUGAUACUGUUCUAAUUAGACAUACGUUUAUUUUUUAUUGUUUGCUGUAAUAUUGCACCAUUUUUAUGUUUGUUUCAACUGAUCAGCUUAUGUCUUUCUUGCUUCAUAAGAAAGGUAGUAAUCAGUAAUUGUAAUUUUCUUCAUUUUACCUCACACAGAACAUCCAUACUUUUCAUUUACCAUUCUUUUUUUGUUGCUGACUAAAAUGUACUUUGGUGUCACAUAUGUACGAGCUAAAUGCAAGUGUAAUGUAUCCAAUAAUUAGUUCAGCUUACUGCUUUGUAGAGGAUUAAAAAUUAAUGCAGAGGCUGAUACAAAAUUGUUUGUUCAUAAGGUA